GAAGGGGCGGAGGGGUUCUCUUCCCGCAGUUGCCAACCUGCGGCGGCCGUGCAGGGAUGGUGUAGCUCGGCCUGCGGGCAGGCGGCGGGGCGCGGGCGGGGGCGAGGCGGCCGCGAGGGCCGACGCCGCCUGACGGGCUCGGGUGUAGCGGCAGCACGCUGAGGGGGCGUCGCCGCCGCCGGCCCCCGGCGCCGCCGCGGGAGGCCGCGCCCGCCAUGGCGGCCCGGGCGGUGCUGGACGAGUUCACUGCGCCCGCGGAGAAGGCGGCGCUGCUGGAGCGGAGCCGCGGCCGCAUCGAGGGCCUGUUCGGCGUGAGCCUGGCGGUGCUUGGCGCGCUGGGGGCUGAAGAACCGCUGCCUGCGCGCAUCUGGCUGCAGCUCCGCGGGGCGCAGGAGGCGGUGCACAGCGCCAAGGAAUAUAUUAAAGGAAUCUGUGAACCUGAACUAGAAGAAAGAGAAUGUUACCCCAAGGCCAUGCACUGCAUUUUUGUUGGGGCCCAGAGCCUGUUUCUGAAGAGCUUGAUUCAGGACACCUGUGCUGAUCUUUGCAUUCUGGACAUUGGUCUUCUUGGCAUCAGAGGAAGUGCCGAAGCUGUGGUCAUGGCUAGGAGUCACAUUCAGCAGUUUGUAAAACUCUUUGAGAAUAAUGAGAAUCUACCCAACAGUCAGAAAGAAUCUGAGGUGAAAAGGGAAUUUAAACAAUUUGUUGAAGCUCGUGCAGAUAACUAUACAAUGGACUUGUUGAUUCUGCCCACUUCCUUGAAAAAGGAGCUUUUGACACUCACACAAGGUGAGGAGAAUUUAUUUGAAAUGGGAGAUGAUGAUGUUAUUGAAAUUAGAGAUUCUAAACAAGCAGAGUUUCCACAGGAUGCUGCCACAGGGCUGAAUAUUUCCAGAGAUGAAAUUGUUUUGCAGGAAGAUGCAAGAAAUAAAGCUGGCACUCCUGUUUCUGAGCUUACAAAACAAAUGGACACGGUCUUUUCUAGUUCACAAGAUGUCCUUUUUGUUCCAAUAAAUGGUCUAACCCCAGAUGAAGAGGCACUUUCCAAAGACAGAAUUUGUCACAAAAGGAGAUUUUCUGAUUCUGAAGAAAGGCAUACCAAGAAACAGUUUUCUUUGGAAAACGUUCAAGAGGGGGAGCUUCUACAUGACGGUAAGACAUUAGCUGCAAGUGUAAUCAUUGACUUAUCUGAUUCUUCUGCUGAUCCUGAAAAUUUAAGUCCAGAUGUAAAGGACACUACUGAGGAAAUGGAAUACAACAUCCUCGUAAACUUUUUUAAAACCAUGGGCUACUCCCAAGAAAUUGUUGAAAAGGUCAUUAGGGAGUAUGGGCCAUCUACUGAACCAUUAUUGCUCUUAGAAGAAAUUGAAAAAGAAAAUAAAAGAUUCCAAGAAGACAGAGAAUUUUCACCUGGUACUGUGUAUCCAGAGACCAACAGAACCAAAAACAAAGGUGUUUGUAGCAGCAUAAAUGAGCUUACAACGGAUUCCACCCCAAAGAAAACACAAACUCACACACAGCAAAAUGUGGUAGAAAAAUUUUCUCAGUUACCAUUCAAAGAAUCAAAACCAUGUACCUCAAAUUGCAAAAUUAAUACUUUCAGAACAGUGCCAAUAGAACAGAAACAAGAAAUCUGGAGUUCAAACCAGAAUUACGUUUCUAACAUGGACCUUGAAACUGAUGGCCUUUCACCCUCUGUUGUCCCUUCAAGUCCCAAAGAAGUUGUCAGUUUUGUUUCAAGAGGAGCUUCAAAUCAUCAGCCCAGAAUUCCAGUUUUUCCUGAAAACGGUUUGCAGCAGCAAGCAGAGCCCUUACAUCCAAGUAAUAUGAAGUCUGCCUGUGAAAACCGUUCAGGGUGUUGUAGCUCUCCCCAGUCUAAGCCAAAUUGUCCACCGCUUUCUCCACCGAUGCCACUGCCCCAGUUGUUACCUUCAGUUAUUGACGCAAGGUUGGCCGGAAUGUCUGAUCAUAUUGAUUCCUCAGUCACUGGCGUUCAAAGGUUCCGAGAUACUCUGAAAGUACCUUACAAGCUGGAAUUAAAAAAUGAGCCAGGAAGAACGGAUUUGAAGCACAUUGUUAUAGAUGGGAGCAAUGUCGCAAUUACCCACGGUCUGAAAAAGUUCUUUUCUUGUCGUGGAAUUGCAAUUGCAGUUGAAUAUUUUUGGAAGCUUGGCAACAGAAACAUCACUGUAUUUGUCCCACAGUGGAGAACAAGACGUGAUCCUAAUGUCACAGAACAGCACUUCUUAACCCAGCUCCAGGAGCUUGGAAUAUUAUCUUUAACUCCUGCCCGGAUGGUCUUUGGAGAAAGAAUUGCUUCUCAUGAUGACAGGUUUCUACUACACUUAGCGGACAAAACUGGUGGCAUAAUUGUAACAAAUGAUAACUUCAGAGAAUUUGUGACUGAGUCACUCUCUUGGAGAGAAAUUAUUACAAAAAGAUUGCUUCAGUAUACCUUCGUUGGGGACAUAUUUAUGGUUCCUGAUGACCCUCUGGGAAGAAGCGGACCUCGAUUAGAAGACUUUCUUCGGAAGGAAGUCUUCCUUAGAGAUAUGCAGCCCCUACUCAAUGCCUUGCCAAAUGUGGGCAUGUUUGACCCCAGCUUCAGAGUCCCUGGCACCCAGGCAGCCAGCACCAGUCACCAGCCUCCAGCCCGGAUUCAGGGCACUCCACCCAGCCACUGGCUUCCUCAGCAGCCCCGCUUUCCAGUUCUGCCGAACCUUCCCAGUAUGCAGCAGAGCGUGCCCAUGCCGGCACAGAGGUCCCCUGCGGAAACAAGUGAGCUGAGGGAAGCCCUUCUGAAGAUCUUCCCUGACUCUGAGCAAAGACUGAAAAUCGACCAGAUUCUUGUGGCCCAUCCAUACAUGAAAGACCUGAACGCACUGUCUGCCAUGGUGUUGGACUGAAGGUUACACUUUAGCUUGUGUCUGCACGUGGCAGCAGGAAGCGACAUAAUGUGAAGAAACCAAUUUCCCAGUGGAAAUUCUGUUGUAGUGUAUAGAAAAGAAAACAGAUGUUUUGUGUAUAAAAAAAUCUGGGUUUUCAAAACCAGCUUUUUCUAUAUAUAAAUUAUGCUGCUAUUACAGAUUUAACAUUUUCUGUAAAAGGAAAGUACAUUUUCUGCCUGUUCAGAACUGUUUAAUAGCAGUUACUCUUGAGUGUAUUUACAUUUUUAUGUUUUUUAAACUAUUUUCCUUAAAGCUGAAAAUAUUGACAAACGGAUAUGAUUAGCCUUUCUAAAUAAAAAAAAAAGUUGCUUUUUUAGGGAAAGCAA